ACUCAUGCUGAAUUUUAGCUGAGGAUGUCAUUUCCGCUUCUGUUUUCUCUCUGACUGCUUUUUGCUGCUUUCUCUUCUGACUCUGAGCGCAUCAUCCUGUUCUUUAAUGUUGUUUCUGUGUCGGGAUACAGAAGAAGAUGAAGGUUUCAGACUCUAACAUGGAGACAGGAAGCUGCUGGCUCUCUGCUGUCUGGUUGCUGCUCUCUGCUGUGUUGUCUCUCUGUGUUUCUACACACAGCCCUGCUCAGAUCAACCCUCUGCUGUAUGAGGAGCAGCUGCUGUGGGUGAGCGGAGCCCAGGGGAAGGUGAACACCUACAGGAUCCCCCUGCUCACCUUCACCGCCAAAGGGAGCCUGCUGGCUUUCUCAGAGGGCAGGAAGGCAGCGGCCGGCGACACGGGGGCAAAGUUCAUCGCGAUGCGGAGGUCCACAGACAAAGGAGCCACCUGGUCCCCAACCAGCUUCAUAGUGGACGACGGAUCGCAGCCGGACGGCCUGAACCUGGGCUCGGUGGUGGUGGACGAGGAAGUGGGCUCAGUGAUUCUGGUCUACUCCAUCUGCUUCCACCUCUACUACUGCAAGCCGGCCAGCACCAUGAUGGUGGAGAGCAAGGACGACGGCCUCAGCUGGGACCAGCCCAGAAACCUCUCGGUCCAGCUGGGAGUGAAAGCCUUCGCUCCCGGGCCGGGCUUCGGCAUCCAGAAGCGCUACCACCCAGCUAAGGGGAGGUUGGUGGUGUGUGGUCAUGGGACGUUGGAGGGAGACGGAGUUUUCUGCAUCCUGAGUGACGACCACGGACGUAACUGGUACAACGGCGCCGCUCUGAAAAGCAUCCCUUACAACCAGAAGAAGAAGGCGCAGGACUUCAACCCUGACGAGUGCCAGCCGGUCGAGAUGCCGGACGGCAGCAUCGUCAUCAACGUGAGGAACCAGAACAACUACCACUGUCGGUGUCGCGUGGUGGUACGCAGCCGCGACGGUGGAUUGUCCCUGCCCAUAGAAGAACUGUUCUUUGACCAGGAGCUGGUGGAUCCUGCAGUGGCAGCUGGAGCUCUUCAGAAAGACGGAGUGCUCUACUUCACCAACCCCUCCAAUGAGCAACACAGAAUUAACAUGACGCUACGUUGGUCGCUGACUGAUGGCGUCUCUUGGGUGAAUAAAGCUAUGCAGAUAUGGGCGGGGCCCAGCGGCUACUCCAGCAUCACAACACUGGACAGUGGCUCUCCAGAGGACCAGAAGUACAUCUUUGUCAUCUACGAGAAGGGCCACAAGGACUAUGACGAGACCGUCUCGUUCGCCAAGAUCCACCUGUACGGCGGCCAGUAGAGCGCGUGAGACGGAGAUUCUAAUGUUGGAGUGAAAGGGAAACAGGAAGCUGUUGUUUACUCCCACGACUUUCUCAGGAAGAAAAUAAAAGACUUUUUAAACUCACUUUAUGAUAUUGAAAAUGGGAAAAUGGGAGGCUCAGCACCAUGGAUGUUUGUGUUCGGCCUGGGAUGAUCUCGCAUACUAUUUUCUCCUACGUUCUCAUCUUUUAAAAUUCACACACUUGAUGAAGUCGCAAGUCCAUUUAUCUGCGUUAGGACAUGUUACCAAGUGUGUGUUUUUGCUAAAAACAUUUGCACAGCCACAUUAUUUUUUGAGUUUCCUGUUCCUGCACAAAAGAAAAUAUGAUCAAGCAAGGAAAGGUUACAUUUUUAAGAUUUUCAGAAGAAGUACACUAGAUUCUAAGCAACUUAAAUCAUACUGUUUUGACAACAACACCUCAUUUUUAUAGUAUCACAUCACAGUCUUCCAUAAAGAAGAAGACCACUGACUUUCGGUAGUUUUGAAUAUGAUGUUAAUGCAAUAUAGAUUAAAAGCUCCUCUGACGUCUAUCACAAACUCACAUCACAAACUAACUGAUUCACUGUAUGUUUGACGCUGGUUUGAAAUGAUUCCUUUUUGUUUAUAAUUUCAUACUGAGUAGCCUACUUUCAAAUCUUAUAUGGGUCUGUGCUUUUAAUUAUAAUUAUUGCCUUUAUGAAGAUGCGUGUGAGCCAUGAAUAUAUGCUGAUUGAAAUUGGUUCUGCCUUUGUGUAAAAUAAUGUGAAUAGCCUUUUGUUAUACUGUAAUUGAAUGCCAUUUCAUAUUGGAGAUUGAGUAGUUUUAGUAAAACUAAAAAAAAACAGGUGUGUGAUUGAAUGUGAGAAUGAAGAGGUAAUAUGGCCAAAGUAUCGUCUUUUGCACUUGUGCAAAAUGUAUUCUAAUGUUUUGCAAACAGUCUGAACUUUACUCCACUCAGAUUUGGAUAUUUUUAUUUCCAAAUAAAGUGUCCCGUAUAUGGCCCUGUAUUACCAGCAUUGUACACAGGGUUUACAGUACAUUGUUUCCAUGCAGGACAUAAUCUGAUCUGUACUAUUUGUAGAAUAAAUAAAUGAUUUCUUACAGCUGUAUACCCCUGUUAUUUGUUUUGGGGCACAGCCGUGCUGAUUUGCAGUGUCAUUGUGAUUUAGCAACAGCAAACAUGACCUGAAUUCACGCUUUUUAAUUCAUCAGAGUCAUUGUCCGUGAUUACAACACAGCAGAAGAAAAGGGCUUGAUUUAAAAAACCUAGGUGGAAGAAAAAACAUCUGAAAUUUACAAUUGACUAAAUCUGCCCUGACAUAUUAAUUUCACUUCACCUGUUUUUUUUUUUUUUCCAUGCAUUUCUCUCUGACAUAACUUUUAUUUUGAAUGUGCUGAUUAUUCCAAAAGAAAACGGUUAAGAUAUUUAUAUUCAUAUAUGAGAGGAGAAGAUUUUACUAGUUAACUUCAUAGUUUUCAUCCAAAUCAUCACUUGUCUUGCACAUCAACAAAUAAAGAAAUGGUACCACA